AUGGCGAGUACGGGACAGGACAGCAAGCUGUUCGUGCGCAACAAGCUGGCCGAGUACGUCGCUGUCGUGCCGCGUCGAGAUGGGACGGGGACGUGGGGAGAGAGUAGCACGAUGGGAUCCGACGCUGACAGGGCGACCCUCUCUUCGCGCAUGGACUGCACCCCUGUUGGGAAACAUUUCUAUUCAGCUUGAGGGCCGAGUUGCAAGGUGACAAGAAGGACAAGGAUUUCAAGAAGAGAAAGGUCGUGCUCAAGCGCGUCGUGGCGAGCAUGACGAUGGGUCAAGUCAGUCCUAAACCCCCCUCGGUCUUCAGCCUCGCACUCGAGCUGUCAGAGCGCUGACUUUUGGACAACGUGCUGUCUGAGAAAAAAAGGACAUGUCCCCCCUGUACCCCGAGGUGAUCGCGUGCCUCUCGAUCGAGAUGCUCGACAUCAAGAAGAUGGUCUACCUCUACUUGAUCAACUAUGCGCGCGUACGACCCGAGAUGGUCAAGCAUGCCAUGCCCGGCUUGUUGGCUGUAAGUCGCCCAUGGCUUGUAGGUCGGAGCAAGUAGGCCGAAAGCAUGGUCGGCUGACCCGUGCAGUGCUUUCGAUUACGCACAGGACGCCGGCGAUCGCAAUGCGCUCAUCCGAGCUUUGGCCAUUCGAACCAUGUCCUACCUCGCCGUAUCCGAGGUGCUCAAGGCCCUCGUCGACCCUCUCCACGCUUGCCUCCGCGAUCGGGAUCCAUACGUUCGCAAAACGGCCGCGAUCUGCGUCGCCAAGCUUUACAUGCACGAUCGGCGCUUGGUCGACAAGGAAGGGUUCAUCAACCAGGUCAAGGACUUGCUGGGCGAUCCGAACCCGACAGUCGUCGCGAACGCGGUCGCCGCUUUGACCGAAAUCAGUGAACGGAGUGAGAGCAUACACCUCAGACUGAAUGCGACGAUCGCGAGUCGGCUCGUCAGCGCCAUGGGGGAAUGUUCAGAGUGAGUGCUCACCCUUGGCCGAGCGGAAAGAUCUGCGCCGACCGUUCGCUGACUUGGCGGUCGUCUUAUCUACCUCAGAUGGGGGCAAACCUACAUUCUCGAAGCGUUGAUGUACUACGUUCCAGAAGAGCACGCCGAUGCCGAGUUGUUGGCCGAGCGGAUAGCGAUCCGCUUGCAACAUUCCAACUCGGCCGUCGUGCUGACGACCGUCAAGGUCAUCCUCUACCUCAUGAACUACAUGGGUAGCCGCGAAGUCGUCGACAACAUGUGUCGCAAACUCUCACCGCCAUUAGGUGAGCCCUCGAGGAGUAACGAGGCGGGCUGGGAAACCUUUCAUCUCAUCACCUCCUUCGCGGAAACACAGUCACGUUGCUGUCCUCGGGCUACGAGGUUCAAUACGUCGCUCUACGCAACAUCCACCUCAUCAUUCAGCGUCGACCUUCGGUGCUCAAGAACGACGUCAGGGUCUUCUUUUGCAAGUACAACGACCCCAUUUACGUCAAAUUGGCCAAACUCGAAAUUAUCUACAGGCUCGCGAACGAGAACAACGUCGAGCAGGUCCUGGCGGAACUUAAGGAGUGAGUGACUAGACCUGGUGCUCGGAUCCCUCCUUCACUGCAACCGUUGACUGAUUCAGUGCCAACGCAUGGCAGAUACGCUUCGGAAGUCGACGUCGAAUUCGUGCGCAAGGCCGUGCGCUCGAUCGGCCGACUCGCCAUCAAAAUCGCCUCGGCCGCCGACCUCUGCAUCACCGCCCUCCUCGCCUUGGUCAAGACCAAGGUCAAUUACGUCGUACAAGAGGCCAUCGUGGUCAUCAAGGACAUCUUCCGACGCUACCCCAACCAGUAUGAGGGGAUCAUCGGAACGCUGUGUGAGAAUCUGGACGCGCUCGACACACCGGACGCCAAGGCCGCGAUGAUCUGGAUCUUGGGAGAGUACGCCGAUCGGAUCGAGAACUCUGAUGAGCUGCUCGACGAUUUCUUGUUUUCGUUCGCGGACGAACCGGUCGAGGUGAGUUCUCGGAGAGAUUGAUCCUCAUGCUUUGGGCCGAACUCUUAUUACCUGCAAGGUCUCGAGACUUGUCGAUCAGCGCGAAAUGCAUGCGCUGAUAGAGGCUCUUUGAUCUAUGAUACAGGUCCAACUCGCACUGCUGACAGCUACCGUCAAGCUCUUCAUCAAGCGACCAACAGCAGGUCAAGAGCUCGUCCCCAAAGUUUUAAAAUGGGCGACCGAGGACGUCGACAAUCCAGAUCUGCGAGAUCGCGGCUUUAUCUAUUGGCGAUUGCUCUCGACCAACCCCGGGAUAGCCAGCGAAAUCGUCUUUGCGGACAAGCCGGAGAUCUCGACCGAAUCGGAAGCGAUGGACCGGGGCGUGCUCGAUCGACUGCUGUUGCAUACGGGAACGCUCGCGUCGCUCUACAUGAAGGAACCGCAGACGUUCGUUCGGGGCGCACGGGCAAAGUAUUUACAAGACUCUCCCGCGCUCGACCCCUUAGCCAAGCAAUCCCAGCUCGAUUCGAUCCCGGUCGUGCGGGCACCGACGGCAACGGCGACGAACAACGGUAGUGGAUCGCGACCCGUCCCUGCUCCGCCGACAACAGGUUCGGCACCACCAGCUCUUCCGCCUCGACUGACAAGGAAGGAGAGCGUCGUUGACGAUUCGACGACGCAUCACGGGGAGGGAUUGUUGGACGAUGACGACUCCGAAGAUGAGGACGUCGCGUUGAACCCGGGCGCGAACGGUGGGGUAGCUUCAGCCCAAGUCCUCACCGCCUCGAAAACGAACGAGAACGAUGGCUCGACUGCACUUCCUUCCCCACUCCCGAUCGACGACGAUUUGGAUCCUUAUGCCAGUUUGGCACGCAUGUCGUUCGAGCAAGCGGCGCAGGGCGGCAUGAGCGCGUUCAGUCAAUACGGGUACGAAGCUGAUCAGCCCCGACGCGCUGGUGUGCACGAUCAGGAUUUGUUGUAA